ACUUAGGGUGAUACUCAGGCUCUGAGACCUCCCCACCUGACCGCAGCAGGCUGGAGGCCCCUCCCAAGCCCCUUUGGAGCUUGGGAUCUGCCUGCUGCCAGCUAAGGACAGCUCUCCCACUGGUGAUGCCCGCUGAGGCCUGUACAGCAGCAUGUGCCCCCUGAGCCCUCCAGGGAGCUGAGGCUGGCAGAGUGGGAGGUGCUCUCUGUGGGCUGAGAGCUGCCCUGCACCUCCGAGGUUCCGUGCUUGCCGAGGGGUCCCUGGGGGGGUCUGCCAGCUGCAGUUGGGUGUCCCUGCGUCUUUGCUGACCCAAGGAAGGACAGAUGCCCCGCUGGGCCUGGGGGUCCCAUGCAUGCUGUCUUUUAUUCACCUGUUGGAAAGCCUCUCCCUGGGGUGCCGGACCUGCAGCCUGGGGCCUUAUCAUUCCCCAGCCUUGUGGCUGCUCAGUGCAGGAGGUGGCACUUGGGGGAAGAUUUUAUGUGGAUUUGUAGCUUACAUCUAUGCCUUUUGGAAAUGGAGAUGCAGUUUACAUGCAGUAGAGCACCCCUCCCUUUGGGGUACAGGUCUGUGAGUUCAGACAGUCAUCAACAGGGAUGCGACCACCUAAAGGCUCUGGGUGGCCCUAGGUCAUCAGUCACUCCCAAAGCCCUGAGGCUCGAGCAGCGUUCUGCCCCUGCGGACUUGCCAGUUCUAGAAUGUCAUAGAAAAGGAGCCGUCUCAGAGUGCUUCUCCCACACAGGCGGUGCAGCCGGGACUUACCCAGGUUAUCUCGCGCAUCAGGGGUUGUUCUGGUUACUCUGGAGAAGAGGCCCAUUGUGGAGGGGCAGCGGCCUGCACGCAUUCAUCAUGCUCUUGCUCAUUGGCCUGUGCAGGCUCGUGGGGUGCCUUCUCGUUUCCCCUGGGCGAACCCCGAGGCGUGCGGCUGUGCAGUCGGUGGGACCCGACGUGCCUGCCUUUCCGGGCGUCGCCCCAGUCUGCGCCAGCCGGUGGCUGAUGACAUGGAGCACCCUCUGGUCGCUCAUUUUCCACCCGGUAUUUUCUUUGCUGAAGUGACUUCUAAGCUCUUUUGCUGUCCCUUUUUACUUUGCAACUGGGUUGUUUGCUUUUUUGCUAUGGAGUCUUGAGAGUUCCUUACAGAUUCAGGAUUUAAGUUCUAUAUAUCAGAUCUGCGUUCUGUAAACAUUUUCACAGAAAGGUUUUGCUUCAUGCUGCCCAGGGACCCUGGGGCCUAGUUGAGAGCUGGCGCCUCCUGAAACCUGGGGGAGGAGGUGAGCAGAAGCCCUUGGCUCCUCCCCCUUCCCCACUAGGGGAUGAGGGUCUUUCUCCAGCCCUGUACCCCUUCCACUCCAGAGAACUGGUAGUACUGGCCUUCCUCGGGGACCCCUGUGCCGGCCAGAGGCAUCUGGGUGGUGUGCCCCAAGGCCCCGUGCUGCUCCUCAAAUAGGUCUCCAGAUGCUCUGUCCUGUCUGCGUGGACACAGGAGGCUGCCGGGAGAGCCCUUGCCGGCUGGCGCCCCACCAGCCCAUGGCGCCUCCUUGGCUGUGCCCCUGCCCUCAUGCUUAUGCAACUGGUGAUAAGGCGGCUUUGAUACCAUAAUCCACCCGGUGUGGUGGCUCAGCCCCACCCUUAGACUGCUUGCCGAGGCCCUGCUGGUGGCUGGAAGGAGGAAGUGGCGGUCUGGAGGGAGGGGUGCCAGCCCUCUGAUGUCCCCUCUGUCACAGCUGGGCUGGUUCAGGCUCUGUCCCUAGAUGUGGUCCAGAGGCCCAGGCCAAUGGUGACUUUGGUCCUUUGCCGAGGAGAGGGGUUCUCAGGCCUCUGGCACGUGGUCUCCAUGGUCUCCGACUGCAAGGUCUUCCUGGGCAAGAAGGACCACCUGCUGAUGUCCACCAGGGCCAUCCAGGCCACAGCAGAGGGCGGCCUCAGCGUGCACAUGGAGUUCCCUUGGGCUGACGGCUGUAACCAGGUGGAUGCCCAGUUCCUGAAAGUGGGCUCCGAGGGGCACUUCAGAGUCCCAGCUUUGGGCUACCUGGAUGUACGCAUCGUGGACACGGACUACAGCUCCUUCGCUGUGGUCUACAUCUACAAGGAGCUGGAGGGGGCACUCAGCACCAUGGUGCAGCUCUACAGCCGGACCCAGGACGCGAGCCCCCAGGCUGAGAAGGCCUUCCAGGACUUCUACCCCACGGUGGGGCUCCCCGACGACAUGAUGGUCAAGCUGCCCAAGUCAGACGCGUGCUCCUCAGCGGGCAAGGAGGCGCCCUGACCCCUCAGGAGUCCCACCCCGGGCUUCCCAGAGCUGGAGGAGGGUGAGCCGGAGCAGCGGGACCCUGAGUGGUCCAGACCCGUGGACUUCCCGCCUCCCCACCACCGAGCCUCGGGUCACCCUCCCCUCCUCAUCCCUGGGCCUCCCCCUCCCACUCAAUAAACAUUCUGCAGACUUGA